AUGUCGUCGACUAUUGAAGAGGAGAAGGCGGCGAGGAUGGCGUUGACGGCGCUGUAUACGAUUAUUCCGGUGAGCUUUACUGUGAUCGGUGAGUUUUAUCUCUCCGUCUCUCUUCCUUAUGCUCGUCUCACCCUUCCCUUUCCUUCACCGCCCUACACCCUGCACACCGCCCCAGGAAUGCAAAUCGUAAUGUGCACCUUUGGCUUCAUCAUCUACCGCGAAACGCCCAAAGACAUGCGGCGCGGCCGACGGAUGUACAUCAUCUGGAGCUGGACCAUCCUCACUCUGUUCACGCUCUCCCAAGUGGCCGACGCGCUGGAAAUGUUCAACCUCCUUAUCAACUCGACCUCCCCGGCGCAAGCUUUGAGGGUUCUAAAACCCAAGUACGAAUAUACUUGGUGGAGGCUGAGUACGAGUAUUGGGUUGUGGAUAUGUAAUUGGAUUGGGGAUGGGUUGUUGUUGUAUAGGUGUUUUAAGAUUUGGAGUGACAAGAUGUGGGUGUGCGUCUUGCCGGCGUUGGCGUACGUCGGGUCAUGCGCCGUCUCCCUCCUCGCCAUCGGCCUGCGCAUAAAAUGGUCGCAAAACCACGCCGCAGGACCCGGCCAAUACGGCAAAGCCCUGCAAGCCUGGAUCUUCCUCUCCAUCUCCGUCAACUGCGUCGUCACCGCGCUCAUCUCCUUCCGCCUCCUCCGCAUUCGCAGGCAACUCGCCACUGUCCUUUCGCCGCAGGAUUUGCACGUGUAUGUGGGCAUUGUGGCGAUUUUGGUCGAGUCGGCGCUGCCGUUGAGUUUGGCGGGGAUCAUGUUUGCGGCCCUCUCGAGUCCGUCGAGUGAUGGUGCUGUUACGGUUGCGAGGACUGUCGCGUUGUUGUGUUGGUUUUCGCUUAAUGCGCUAUGUCCGCAGAUGAUCAUCUUCAGAGUUAUCACGGGCAGAUCGUGGAGUACGAGUCCCUCGACCGACGGACCGCCUGGGUCGUACCACCGUGGAACAUCCACCAAAAUCGAAUUCACGAAUCCGGGGUUCAGUGAGACGAAGACGGACCCGAAGAUUUCGUUCUCGAAUGGGGAGAGGGGGCAUUCGCAUUCGCACGGGGAGGUGGACGGAUAUAAUGCAAAUGGGCGCCACGGAGGAGGAGUAGGAGGAGGAUGUGGGGAGAAAGAUAUUAUUCGAAGGCGCGGCGGUGGGCCUGCUGGUGGGCCAUACGGACUUAAUCGAGUCUCGGAGGAGGUGUGUGAUUUGAAUUUGAACCAGACGCAGACGCAGGAUACGAGUGGGUCUGUUGUGGAUGUUGUGAGACGGAGAGGUAGUGGGCAUAAGGAAUCGGAGGUGGAUUCGACUGGGUCGUAG